CUCGAAGCACAUAUAUUAUUCCAUUCAAAAGGUAUGCAUGUUGUUCCGUGCCGAGGUAUCACAAAGGAUAAUGAUGGUGAUCUGAUGCUAGUAAUGGAUGUGAUGAUAGAAGACUUGCGCUCUUAUAUCCGUCGGGAGGACCUAAAAAUGACUUGGAAUCAAGUUUACGAUAUACUUUACAGCAUUUGCGAACGUCUUUCAUCUAUCCAUUCAGAGAACUCAUGCCAUAAAGACCUUCAUCCAGCCAACAUACUACGAAAUUCAAAAAAGAUGUGGAUGAUUUCAGAUUUUGGCCUUUGCGGCCCGCCAAAUAUGCCACCUAAUUGCGUUUAUGGAGUCCUCCCUUUUAUUGCACCGGAAACCCUUAAUAGCAAAAUAUAUUCUCAAGCUUCUGACAUUUAUAGUGUUGGAAUGCUCAUGUACGAAGUUGCGACUGGAUUGCCACCGUUCAAUGAAAAAAGAGCAGACGUGAACCUAGCUUGUCAUAUAUUAGAUGGCAACAGACCUAUUGUUCCAAAUGAAUUUAAUUUCCUAUCAUCCAAGUACACAGGCAUAAUGAAUAGAUGUUGGGAUGCACUCCCACAAAAUAGACCAACGGCCACUGAAGUACGUGAUUUCUUUUUUGGUGAGUUGGUUAGGUAUCGAGAAAAUAGCGGUUAUGGUUCUGAACCUAUUAAAAAUUAUGGAAAAGGAAGGAGUAGUACUAUUGAUUUUUAUCGAAGUUCGAUCCAUUCAACCCAUUCAAUCCCAGUACAGAGUCAGGAACUAA